UCUUUUCAGUCGUUUCAGUUCACUGUUUACUCUAGGGCCAUGAAGGGUAGUGAUUUUUCAAUAUUUUACUAUUUUUCUAAACAUGUGUAACUGAAAAAAAUGUGAUAGUUGAACAGAAAAGUUUCUAGCUGAAAUGGGAUCUGGAUUGUUUCUUGGGGCUCUGUUUUGUUACCUGUUUCCCAUAUUGCUGAAAGCUGAACAUGCCUCGUUCUAUGGAAACAGUUAUAUAUCAAUUCCAUUUGAAGAGUCUAAAACUUCCUCAGAAAUCUACUUCAAGUUUAAAACCCGGCUUGCUGAUACUUUAAUUUUGCUCGUCGCUGGAGUAACGGAUUAUUGCAAAGUUGAUUUGGAAAAUGGAAGAAUUCGUGUCGUUGUAAACUUGGGAUCUGGGGAAGCUGAACUUAUAUCGCAUGGAAAUCCGAAGUUGAACGAUUUCAAGUGGCACGAUGUUACAAUUUCUAGAAAAGAUGGAAAUUUGUCGAUGGCUGUUGAUAAGGCGCGGAAAAUAUUUUCCAAAAUACCUGGAAAGCAUUACGAAUUGAAUAUUCAUUAUGGAUUAUUUGUUGGUGAUCAUAGGAAUAAGAACAAUUCCGAUCUGUUUUUCGGACAUAUCAAAACUUUCAGAGGCUGCCUUUCAGGAUUAAAAUAUAACGAUGUAGCCGUUCUGGAAACUGCCCGGCAACGCCAAUCACAGGCCACGGUCGAAGGUAUUACUUGGAACUGUGCGGCCGAAUUUGAGGCUUCUUUUGACCAACCUAUCAGCUUCGUCGAAGAUGACGCAUUUUUAGUAAUACCACAAAAAACGAAGUUUAAAGAUUUAAGUAUGAAGAUGGAAAUCAAGACUAUUGUGAGUGAUGGCCUAAUAUUUUUCAAUCCUGGAACGGCUAAACAGGAUUUCUUGCUUCUUGAAGUUUCCAAUUACAGUCUUUCUAUAACAGUGAAAGUAAGCGAAAAAACUGUUAAACUUAGUGUACCUAAUAAACCAGUUGCUGAUGGAAAAUGGAACCAGAUCAGCUUUCGUCUUUCAUCCACCACCAUAGAACUUGCGAUGAAUGAACAGGUCGAAUUCAGUCGAAAUCUGCACGCGUCUUUAAUUCAGCUUAGUGAAAUAUCGUACAUUGGAGGUUUAGAAGUGAGCCGGAAGUUUAGGGCUACUCAAAAAGGUUGCGGAUUAUCGUGCGACUUAGGCUAUAAAGGAUGCAUUCGCAGCAUUUAUAUCAUGGAUACGAAACGUGGGCUUCCAGAUGCCCAAUCUUCGGAUGGGUUGCUUCCGGGGUGCGUUUGGAGUUAUCCGUGUUUACGACAUCCAUGCCAACCAGGAGCUACUUGUUCUCAACGUGGUCUUGACUCAUUUCAAUGUAGGUGCCAAAACAACAUCGAUUUAUCAUGUGUACAACGAAAUUACACGGAGAGUUAUUCUGUCUUCUCCAGAGCUGCCAGUCUGGCAACUGAGUUGGAGUUAUUAAGCGUUGAACCGUUGGAGGUAUUGGAAAGUGGAACUGAAAUUAUUACGACUACCACGUUACACUUAGUACUCGAUUAUAAAAAAUAUGGUAUAAAAGACGAUGGUGUUACUUUUACGGUUCAGCAAGGACCAGAACAUGGCGCGGUUACUGUAGAUAGUUGGCCACAAAAGCAGACAUUUUCUUUGCUGGAUGUCGCUAGAGAUAAAGUUCAUUAUGUACACGAUGGUUCUGAGGACCGAAGAGAUGUAAUUGCUUUAUCCGUGUCUUUUUCUGCAGCAGAUACUUUUACGCUUCCUGUCUACCUACAAGGAAAUUUUAGGUUUACCAUUAUUGUUAACGUUGUGCCAAAAAACGAUGCCCCAGUAUUUGAUACGUCGGAGACCAAAGUAUUACGAGUAGUCCAGGGCGCAAAAAAGGUGAUAACUUCUGAUCUUUUCAAGACUGAAGAUCCAGACAAUACACAAUCAGAAUUGGUUUAUAGAAUUAUAUCUAGCGAAGUGGGUUAUUUUGAACACCUGAGAAAGCUGGGCGCUAAAGUGGAUUCGUUCACUCAAGAAGAUGUCAAUAAAAAGAAAAUACUUUUUGUUCACACUAGUCCAGACGCUUCAGAUUCUUACGUAUCGCUUGAGGUUUCCGAUGGCGUUGAAGUGAGUCCUGUCUAUAAAGUACGAGUUUCAGUAACUCCGCAAAUUUGGCGACUAGAUAGAAACACUGGACUUCUUCUUUUGCAUCAGACAUACCAAAUAAUUACACCGUAUAAUCUAAGUUAUACCUCAAAUGUGCCAAAUUCAGAUUAUAAUAUGUUAUUCAAGAUCGUUAAAAAGCCAUCUUUUGGAGAUGUCGAAGUGGACAGAAGUGCUAACAUUUGGGAGCCAACGAAAAGCAUAAAUAUGUGGGAACCCACAGAUGUGUUUCUAAACACAGAUCUGAAACAGCAUAAGGUGCGCUAUCGGCAUUCUAUCGGGGAGCCGCAAUUUGAUGAGUUUCAAUUUAGAACGGCUGUGAAUAAAACGCAGUUGUACACAUUUCGCCUCACUUUUGUCGAGUGCAAACUACAGCAAGCAGCUUCCAAAGUUCUAGAGUUAAAUAGCGUUUGGGAAGCCCCAAUAAUACCAAAAUCUUUACUGUUUGAAACACAACCAACCAAAUCGUCUGCAUCUAUAACGUACCAAGUCAUCAAAUACCCUCAGUAUGGGUAUUUAUUUUUUGCAGUUUCAAAAUAUAGAAUUAAAUGUUUGGACAAUUUUACACAAGAAGAUGUUUUCUCGGAAAACAUACGUUACAGAUUGCAUCAAAAAGCAUUUUCGGAUGUAACAGAUAGUGUAAUUUUUUCGGUGAAAUCACCAGGAUGUGGUAAUAGUACUGCCAACUUAACAGUUAAAUAUUACCCUUCAAAUGAGGAUAAAUUUAAGGUACAAGUGAAUAUAAAACAACUGGAUGUUGAAGAAGGCAUGUCGGCUGUCGUAGAUAGAGCCCAUCUUUAUAUACAUGCAAAUUUUGUGUCCGAUUUAAUUUUUAAUGUCACUUCAGCGCCAAAAAAUGGUAUGCUGCAAACUAUUAAUGGUGACAAAAUCCGAAACCACACAAGAUCUUUUGCGGUUCAAGAAUUAAAUGAUAAUGUUAUAUACUAUGUGCAUGAUGGCUCAGAAACAGACCACGACAGUUUUAAAUUUAUGGCUCUUUCAAACACAGAUGAGACGUUCCAGUAUGUAGGCCAGCUCCAAAUAAAUGUUCACCUUAAAAAUGAUCACAGCCCUGUUCGAGUAGUAGAUAAAGUGUUUCAAGUAGUUGUAGGAGGCGAGAAACUGUUAACUGAUAAAGAUUUAAAAUAUAUAGAUUUGGAUAUUGGAACUCCAACAUUCGGAAUUAUUUACACUUGCAGAGAGAUUCCCAAUGGACAGUUCUUUAAUAUAAAAAAUAUCGAGUCAAAUAUUACAGAAUUUACUCAAGAAGAUCUAGAUAAUAAAACGAUUUUAUUCAAACACAAAGGUCCCGAAUAUGCUAAAGUUCGCCUAUGGGUAACCGACGGUCAGUUUCAUGUCAACGGAAUACUAGAAAUACAAGCAUCUGGACCUUUCAUCCAUAUAGAAAUGAACAAAAAAAUUAUUGUGGAAACAAAAAAAUCCACAAUAUUAACUACAGAACACGUCCACUACUCGACCAAUCUUCACACUUCUGACUCAAGAGUGUUUUACGAAAUAUCCGGAGGAUUGGCGUUUGGAAAAAUUUUUGAUCUCAAAAAUCAAGUUCUGCAGCAUUUCACACAGGAGGACAUUAAUUUGGGACACAUAAAAUAUCAGAAUGAGGAUCCAUCAGGAGAUGCCGACGAAAUAGGACUAAAGAUUCGUUGCAAAGAUGCAAUUAAUGUUGCUCAAAUAGGAGUGCUAAUACUUCCAUCCUCAUACUGGGAACCUUUACAGUUGAAUCGUCUUAAGAAAUUAACAGUUGAAGAGUCAACAAGCGCUUUGGUCACUAAGGAUAAUUUGGAGGUUAUCCAGCCAAAUGUUCCGACAUCAAUAAUAACAUUCCAUAUAAACGAAAGACCUCAAUAUGGGUAUCUGACCAUUCUAUCAGAGUCUAAAAAUGGUAGUGAAAUACUUAAUGUUGCUGCUUUUUCCCAAAGUCUACUGAACGAAAAUAGAGUCCUAUAUAUUCAAGCUGGUGUGAACCAGUCGCGAGACACCAUAAUGUUUAAUGUUACCAAUGGAUUGGUUUGGUUGAAUAAUAUUCGUUUAGAUAUUAUAAUCAUUCCCGAUUUUUGGUAUUUGGGGAGUAACGAAAUUAUUGUCAAUGAAGGUGGUUCUAUGCAAAUUUCUCCCACGCAUCUUUAUGUUGAAACGGAAUAUUUUCGAUCGAUGCAAGUCACUUUCAAGAUAAUAGAGAAUUUCAAUCAUGGAUGUGUUCAGAUCUAUAAGCAAUGUUCGAAAACAAAAUCUUUCACUUCUAACAACCUCACAACAGGCACAGUAGAGUACCAGCAUGAUGGUUCAGAAAACCUGAAGGAUUUUGCCACCCUUAUUGCUCAAAUAGGCGAUAAGAAAAGUGAAAAAGUCAAAUUAUUAGUUAUAGUUGUACCAGUCAACGAUAAUGCUCCUAAGUUGGUUAAUAAUACGGGAUUGGAAAUGUGGGAAGGUGGUACUUCUGUUAUCACCAACACUAUGUUAGCUGCAAUAGAUGAUGAUAAACCUAAGGAAACUCUUAAAUACCAUGUGCAAAGCUGCUGGUGGGGAAAUGUUUCUUUAAUAACCGAUGAUAAAACCCCUUUAAAUUAUUUCACUCAAGAAUUUGUUGAUCAUGGGUUGAUCAUAUUUCAACACCACAAUGGAUCUAGAGCAAGAUUUAUUUUCAACGUAAGUGAUGGAAUUCAUACAACGAAAGACUAUUUGUUUGAAAUCAAAACGAAAAAAGUACAAAUGAAGCUGUUUACCAAUAAGCCGCUGUAUAUAUUUCCUUUGCAAAAAAAAGUGAUAACGAACAAUAAUCUGCUGACGAAGAAUUCUGAUGGUAGACGAAUGUUAUAUGUUAUUACUAAACCACCUACAUUAGGAAGACUGAUGAUGAAGUCUAGUAUGAGAGAAUAUAACAGUGUUGUAUCGAAUUUUACCCAACAGGACAUAGAUAAUGGAACAAUUUACUAUGAGCAUUUGCAUCCAUUUUUGGAUUUAUAUGCAAAUGACUCUUUUGUGUUCACAGUAACGUCUUACUUAGCACCUUCGCUAGAAAAUGAGAUUUUCAGAAUAGACAUUUCCGUCUCGUCGGGGGGAUUAGAUUCUUAUGUCCAAAUUCCCAAGAUUGUUGUCGAUGAAGGAGGCAUGACUAGUGUCCACUUAAACAUCUCAGAAGUUGUGACUUUUUUAGAGAUGCACGCAGGUUUUCGAUCCCCCGUUAUCCACAUCUCCGCAGAAAACCCAAAACAUGGGCGUUUAUUUUUGCAAAAUGACAGAGAUAGUGGCCUUAUGACCUUUACUCAACAACAGUUGGAAUCCGGACAAGUAUUUUACGAACAUGAUAACUCAGAUACUCUCAGUGACGUUGUUAUAUUUUCAUUGUAUCUUGUACCGGGUUACAUCAUGCUUUGCAACUUAACGGCAAAUAUUACAGUAAACCCAAUAAAUGACCAGCCAUUCAAGCUCGUCACUCCAGCCCCCAGCUUUUCAGUCGUUCAAGGCGAAAAUCAUACCAUUUCCAGACAGGAAUUAUGUACUGAAGAUGCAGACACGCCACCAAAAGAUAUCAAAUAUGAUCUAGUUAAUGGACCAUCUAGCGGACGACUGCUGCUUAUGCCUAAUUUAGAGCCAGUUAACCAUUUUACGCAGGCGGAUGUAGAUCAAAAUCGUCUGAUUUACCUACAUGAAAGUGCAAUGCUGAAGGAUUCAUUUCAUCUGAGAAUUUGGGAUGAAAAGUUCAAGCCUGAAUUCACUUUCUUCAAUAUAGUAGUAAUUCCAGUUAAUGUUACUAUAAAACCAGGUUUACCGGUGCAAGUCAGACAAGGGACCAAUGUCGGGUUUCUUAGUGAUCAAAAUAUCUUUUUGGAAACCAAUACUGACGCAGAUAAAAUUGUGUAUGUUGUUUCGAAAGGUCCCAGACAUGGAGUUAUUUUCAAAGAAAACAAUCAAACUACCAAAUUCAGUCAAGUCGACUUAUUUAGAAAUCAUGUGAUGUAUUUGCAGUUUGAUACUACUGCUUCCAAUGAUUCAUUCACUUUAACUGGCCAAGUAGGAGUGGGAAAUCUUACCUUUAAGUACGACGUUCAACUUUACGUUGAAGUUAAACCCUUUAUGCAUAUACAUGAGUGUGUCGUAGUGGCAGGAAAAAUUACCAAGCUCACUCUAAGCUUCUUAGAUGCCACACCAUUGGCUAAACUUACUGGAAGUAAUCCCACAUACACAAUCAAUUCAAUUCCAUCAUUUUGCCAAAUAAGGAAGAUUAUUAGAAGGUCUGGAGAGCGACGCCAUGUUUUAGAUACACUGGUAAAAUCAUUUACACAUGAAGAAAUUCAAGGAGGACUUAUUCAUUUAGAUAUCAAAAACAUUGAGGUGCCACAAAAAGGCAUAAGCGAGAAAGUGGUUUUUACUUUAAUGGCAAGCAUAUUUCAACCUGCCGUGGGCGAGUUAAAAAUUACUAUUAGGCCAGAAAACAACGAAAUAUUUACAGUACUACCAGAGCCUAGCGAUCCAGAGGGACAUGAAGGCGAUGUUUUACUAACUACUCCAAAUAUUACCAGGGAUUACAUCCUUAUAGGUAUGUACGUGAUAGUAACAAUAGUGCUAGCUAUUGUAAUCACAACUAUAGUAGUCAUAAUAAUUAUCAAAUGCAAGACAAUGGAAAGAGACACUUCCCGCAAGGAAGAAAUGGCUAUGGGGCCACUGCCCAGGCCUCCAGAUCGAUUAUUAGCAUCACCAGUGAAAUCACUAGCGCUAACGCCUCCACCGGCCGCCCCACCGCAAUGUAAAGUGACCCCAUUGGGUGUUACGGAAUUUGAUACGCCUUCUCCACAUGUUGGUUACCCAUAUGGAGUUACAGACGAACUCCCAGAUGAUUGGAGUAGUGUUGACAAUUCCUCAGAUCAAGCUUCCAAAAGCAUUAUGCUUAGAAGAAAUCAAUAUUGGGUCUGAACUAUGCGUAGUUGGCGAGCGGCGGUUUAUCGUGCUUU